CUUUCGCUAUGGCCUCCCUCAUCGAAUCUGCUUGGCAGUACUUGAUCACAAAUUUCAGUGACUUCCAAUUGGCAUGUUUGGGAAGUUUCUUUCUGCAUGAAAGUGUUUUCUUCUUAUCUGGACUUCCUUUUAUUUGGCUUGAGAGGGCAGGAUGGCUUUCAAAGUACAAAAUUCAGGCAAAAACUAACAGCCGUGCCUCUGAGGAGAAAUGUAUUAUUCGCUUAUUGGUGUAUCAUUUUGGAGUCAAUCUACCUGUGAUGAUUUUUUCAUAUCCUGUCUUCAAAUACAUGGGCAUGCGGAGUAGCCUUCCUCUGCCGUCCUGGAGAGUAGUUCUGUCGCAAAUAAUAUUUUACUUCAUUUUGGAGGAUUUUGUAUUCUACUGGGGACAUAGGAUACUGCACACAAAGUGGUUGUACAAACAUGUACAUAGUGUUCAUCACGAGUAUGCUACACCAUUUGGACUUACUUCUGAAUAUGCUCAUCCUGCUGAGAUACUUUUCCUUGGAUUUGCUACCAUUGUUGGUCCUGCUAUCACCGGACCUCACUUGAUUACUCUCUGGCUAUGGAUGGUUCUUAGAGUCCUUGAGACAGUUGAGGCACAUUGCGGUUAUCAUUUCCCAUGGAGUCCCUCCAAUUUCUUACCACUUUAUGGGGGAGCCGAUUUUCAUGAUUACCAUCACCGUUUGUUGUACACUAAGUCUGGAAACUAUUCGUCAACCUUUACAUACAUGGACCGGAUAUUUGGAACUGAUAUAGGGUACAGAAAGUUGAAAGCAUUAAAGAAUGUUGAAGUUGAAUACAAUAGCGAACAGAAAAAACAAUGAUGGAAUGGACCAAAUUUUGUGAAUAUCUGUAAUCAUGGAAAAGGUUGAUUUCCAAACUCGAGGGAAAAUUUGAAAAUUGUCUUGUCUUGUUCAGUAAUUUGGUAGUUAAUUUGAAAAUCUGUAAUUCAGAAAAGUUUAGUGAGAGUGGAUGCGAUUUUUGGAUGGUUUCUCCCCCUAUUGUGCAUCCAUUUUGUUAAUUCCAAUUCUUUCUUGGCAAACAUGACUAUUGUUGGAUUUAACCCAGUUGAAUGAAAUGAAAGAAACAAUUUAUUUGCAUGUU